CCUCCGCAGCCCGAGCGCGGAGCGAGGCCGGGCCGGGCGGGCCGGCCGGAGCCAUGAACCGGAGCUUCCACAAGUCCCAGAGCCUGCGCUUCUGCGACGGCGGCGCCGUGGAAGUCAAGAGCAAGUUCGGGGCCGAAUUCCGGAGGUUCUCCCUGGACCGCCACAGGCCGGGGAAGUUCGAGGACUUCUACCGGCUGGUCGUGCGCACGCACCGCCUCUCCAACGCCGACGUGGCCAUCGGCUACGCGGACGUGCACGGCGACCUGCUGCCCAUCAACAACGACGACAACUUCUGCAAGGCCGUGUCCAGCGCCAGCCCCCUGCUCAGGGUCUUCAUCCAGAGGCGAGAGGAGGCGGAGAGCGGCGGCUUCGCGGCGGGCUCGCUGUCCCGGCGCCGGCGCGCCCUGGCGCUGCGGGAGGAGGCGCCCCGCCGCCACCUGCACAUCGGGCUGCCGAGGGACUUCCGGCCGGUGUCGUCCAUCAUCGACGUGGACAUCCUGCCCGAGACGCACCGCCGCGUGAGGCUGUACCGGCACGGCUGCCAGCGGCCGCUGGGCUUCUACAUCCGCGACGGCACGAGCGUGCGCGUGGCGCCGCAGGGCCUGGAGAAGGUGCCGGGCAUCUUCAUCUCGCGCAUGGUGCCCGGCGGGCUGGCCGAGAGCACCGGGCUGCUGGCGGUGGACGACGAGGUGCUGGAGGUGAACGGCAUCGAGGUGGCGGGGAAGACGCUGGACCAGGUCACGGACAUGAUGAUCGCCAACAGCCACAACCUCAUCGUCACGGUCAAGCCCGCCAACCAGCGCAACAACGUGGUGCGCGCGCGCGCCGGCCGCCCCGCGGACCCCGCCGCCGGCCGCCUGAGCCUGCCCGCGCCGCACGCGCUGCCCGCGCUGCUGCCCGCGCUGCUGCCCGACGACAUGGAGAGCGACGAGGAGCCCGACGUGGUGCUCGAGGGCGCGCUGGAGCCGCGGCCCGGCCCCGGGCUCAACGGCCUGCCCGGGCCCGCGCACUCGGGCUGCGUCCAGCGGCUGCUGAGCUCCCUGCGCGCCGACCCCCGGCACAGCCUGGCGCUGCCCGCGGGCGGCGUGGAGGAGCACGGCCCCGCCGUCACCCUGUAG